CAUUUUUUCCAUCCUAGUUAGAAACAUUUUGUGAGACUGAAAAAUCAUACCAAAAACAUGAGUUUCAUCAUAGCAAUUUUGCUCAUUUUCUCCUCACUUUCUUCUUCUUCUUGUGCUGUCCCUCUUUCCACAAGAUCAAGAUGGAUUGUAGAUGACUCUGGGAAAAGAGUAAAGCUUGCUUGUGUAAAUUGGGCAGGCCAUAUUCAAAUGUUGCCUGAAGGGCUUAACAAACAACCAUUGUCUAACAUUGCUAAGCAGAUUUCUUCUAUGGGUUUCAAUUGUGUUCGUCUAACCUAUGCCACAUAUAUGUUUACCCGCCACGGCCAUCUCAACGUGGGGGAAUACCUCGAACAUAACAAAUUGACUCUUGCCCUUGAAGGGGUGAAGAAACACAACCCUAACAUUUUGAACCUUAGUGUGUGGGAUGCCCAAAAGGCUGUCAUUGAUGCCCUUGGUUCCCAAGGUGUUAUGGUUAUUCUUGAUUGUCAUGUUAGCAAGCCCAAGUGGUGUUGCAAUGAUAAUGACGGGAAUGGUUUCUUUGGAGAUCAAUAUUUUGACCCUCAAGAUUGGUUGAAUGCUUUAUCUACAGUAGCCAAAAGAUACAUAAAUACACCAAUGGUGAUUGGAAUGAGUUUAAGAAACGAAUUUCGCGGUCGGCGCCAAGACCAAAAUGUUUGGUAUACAUAUGUAGAGCAGGGUGCAAAUUUAAUUCACAAGAAAAAUCCAAACGUUUUGAUCCUCAUUUCGGGCUUAGGUUACGACAUUGAUUUAAGUUUCCUCAAGAAAAAACCACUAAACCUAAACCUCCACAACAAAUUGGUGUACGAGAUACACAGAUACGCUUUCUCACAAGCGCAAUACGGGUUCUGGUCCAACACAUCUAUAAACUACAUGUGCCAAAAGGUUGCCCAAGAGAUUGAGGCCAAAUCAGGGUUUUUGAGGGGAGGUCGACAAAAUGGUGCCCCAUUGAUGCUUACUGAAUUUGGGAUUGAUCUGGAUCAAAACAGCCAACCUGACACCAGUUUUGUGACUUGUUUGCUGGCUUGGCUGGCUGAAAAUGAUCUUGAUUGGGCGAUUUGGUCUGGUCAUGGAAGCUAUUACCUUAGAGAUGGAAAGCAGGAUGCUGAUGAAUCUUAUGGGAUGUUUGACGGGACUUGGUCAAAGGUUAGGAAUCCAGGUUUCCAUACUAAGCUUCAAUUAGUCCAACAAAUCCUCCAAGCUCCAUUUUCUACACAACCAAUGGAUAGAGUAAUGUACCAUCCAUUGAGUGGUAGCUGUGGUAUGGCACAGGGGAAUGAAGUCCAAGCAGGUGAUUGCUUGAAAACCAGCGUAUGGAGCUUCAAUGGAGACGGGAGUCCAAUUAGAUUGAAGGGAAGUAACCAGUGUUUGAAGGCUGCCGGAGAAGGAUCGCCGGUGGUUCUUACCGAUUAUUGCUCCGGCGAAUCGAGCAGCUGGAAAUUGGCCCCGAAGUCCAUGUAUCAGCUAUCCAAUGGGAAUGGUUUAUGCUUGCAUUUUGAUUCCAGCAUUUCCAACAAGGUUUUAACAAAGAAAUGCAUUGUUACUGAUCCUGAUUAUGUUAAGCUUCCGGGCCAAGAGAGCCAAUGGUUUGUUCUUGUUCAGUCCAAUACAAAAUGAGGCUUCUUUCCUCUUCUCUUA